AUAAAAGUUCAAAAUAUUUGCUUAUCCAAAUAUAUAGUUUUAAAAAUGUUAAUAAAAACAGAGGAUAAAACUCGCGACAGCUAAGAAUAGAAAAGCAUAAGAGUAGCAUAAUCAACCACCAGAUUAAUUAGGACAAACAGAUGGCGCAGCAGCCGAAAAGAUUUUCGCGCCUGCGAAAGCUGGGCUUGUUGAUGAGCGGCAUAGCGGCGGUAUACAUGGGUCUGACCGCAUACGAGAACCAGGAUAGUCUAUUCCGUACAUUCGUGAUGCCGGCAAUGCGUCUACUUCCAGCCGAGACGACACAUAACUUGGCCGUGAUGGCGUGCAAGUAUCGCAUUUAUCCGGCCUCCAAUUACAUGGAUGAUUACAAUCUGCAUACCUCGUUUUUCGGUCGACUCAUAAGUAAUCCAAUUGGCAUUGCCGCCGGUUUUGAUAAGAAUGCUGUGGCAUUGAAUGGCUUAAAGGAUUUGGGUUUCGGCUUCAUAGAAAUUGGCAGCGUAACGCCAAUGGCCCAAAAGGGUAGUCCCAAGCCAAGAAUCUUUCGUCUCAGCGAAGAUCGAGCGAUUAUUAGUCGCCAUGCUUUGGAUAGCGAUGGACAUCAGGUGGUGAUGCAACGUCUCCGGAGAGUGCUUGCCCGGAAUGACUUCAAGGCUGUCGUGGGCGUUAAUCUGGGCUCAAAUCGCAGUUCCACAACUCCAAUUCGAGAUUAUGUUUCGGGUGUUAAGAUCUUUGGUCCCUUGGCCGAUUACCUUGUGGUCAAUGCCACAAAUCUACCAUCGAGAGGUCAUCACAGUGUUGAGAAUAAGAAGCGACUAAUUGAACUGCUGACGGCGGUGAAUCGAGCAAAGGCGGACCUCAAUCAGAGAAGAAAAGUGCCCAUAUUGUUGAAGCUAUCGCCAGACAUGACGCUGGACGAGAUGAAGGAGAUUGUCGCGGUGAUUGCAUUGAAAAAAUGCCAUGUCGAUGGUUUGGUCGUAUCCAAUACGACAUCAACCCGUGAGAAUCUCAGCGAUUCCAGGUUGGCCAGUGAAAAUGGAGGACUCAGUGGUCCUCCACUUCGGGAACGCUCCACAAGACUGAUUGCCCAAAUGUACGAUCUCACAAAGGGCACUAUACCCAUCAUUGGUGUGGGCGGCAUCUCGUCUGGCCGGGAUGCCUUUGAGAAAAUUCAAGCGGGUGCCUCCUUUAUCCAAAUCUACACGGCCUUCGUUUACGAAGGUCCCGAUCUCGUGGAUCGCAUUAAGGAGGAUCUCUCGUUGCGAAUCAGCGAGGCGGGCUUUGCCAACAUUCAAGAGGCUGUCGGUUCCAAUUACAAAGAAUAUCUGCCCAGCAAAUAACCUCCAAUAAAUUACAUAUGUAUAUAUUUUCAAUAAAA